GUCACAUCCAUAUGUUUUUCUGUUUUCUCCUCCCAGUGUUUGGUUUCUGACGGACUCGUCCGUCGCUGCCUUUGACGGCAUCACGCAUGCGCGCGCCCGCGUGACACCACUGCCGCCUAAUACUUAAUACACGUACUAUACUACUACUAGCUAUAAAACAUAAUACAGUCAACUACAACCAUCGACGUUGCGUAUAUUACGAAUUUUUAUUUUUUAUUUUUAUAUCUAUGACUUUCUUAUCCAACCGUCGCGUUAUAUUACCGGUAUGAACUCAUAUUUAUUUAUUAGUAUAAUGUAGGUAUAAUAAUAUCGUUAAUGAAUUUUUAUCACACGAGUGCCGCAUGCCGAUGUCGCUGAGUAUUAUUAUAUUCUGUGGCACUAAUGAUUAAUAAACAAGUUUCGAGUGCAGUGUUUAAUCACAGGUACGUUGUAAGCGGUUAACCGAUAGUACCUAUACGUAUCGGUUUUGCGCGUGGGUGUCUGUUCGAGCCGAUCGUAUCUAUAUAUUCGUCGAGGAAAACGAAUCUGUGAAGAAAUUGUUAUUUGUAAUUCUGUGAAGAAAAUCUUAAUUUCAAUGUGAUUAUCGUACACCAGAGGUUCAGGCACUGUUGUGUUAGAGAAAACGAAAUGCCGGCAACUACGACGACGACGACGAUUUACGCGCCACGACCGAAUUGUGUUCUAUGUAGCAGUUCCUUCAGACGGUGAUUGGACGGAAAACCGAUAAAAAGCUUAGACCGUGUAACUUGGUGUAACCGGUGUCGACCUUGCUAUGAGGAAACUCAGCGGUGAGUGACAUUUCAUUCUGUACAUUUUUUUAUUUAAUUUUAUUAAUAAAAUAAAUAACUACUACCUAGGCACCUAUUUUUGGUAAGUUGUUUUUGAUUAAACACGCUCAUCUCGAUUUAGAGUGUUUUGUAAAAAUGUGUAAUUAUUAAUGCCAAUUAUCUAUUCCUUUUAACUUACGAGACUUGUAUGCAUAAUACCUACAUCUGGUAGUACUAAUAUUAAUAAUAUAAAACAUAGACGAGUAGGAGUUGUGUAAAACUCCAAAAGUAAAACUUGAAUUGUAAGAAAUGAAACUUUAUUAGUAGGUAUUAUGAUUAUCCAAUAGCAUAUAGAUCAAUGUUAAAAUGUCGAGUAAUAUUAUGUACCUACGUAAUCAGUAUACUUUUGUUGAAUCAUUCUUGAAUGUCUAGGUAUAAACUUUUUUCGCCAGAUUUACUAAGAUAAUGAAAAAUAUAUUUAUAAAUCCAAAAAAUACACAAAUAUAUACAAUAUUAAUACAAUAUUUUUUUUUAUAAAAAUAUAUUGUAUUGUAAAUAUAAUUUAUUCCCAGGAAAUAUAAAAAAAAUGUUAUAACGAAAUAAUGUAGAUAGCUGUGAACAUGAACGACGGGUUGUGGGGGUCCCUCUGAGCAUAUUAUUUAACGUCGGCCGAAUCACCAUCAAAUCAAACGAGUCCAUCUAGAUCAAAUGCAAGCAUUUUCGCCUCACUUUGUUUUAUGAAUAUUUUUUGGACUUGUAAUAUUUUUGUGAAUUUACUUAAUUUGGACUUAGAAUAUUUUUGUGUGAAAAAUAUUAAUUAUUUAUAAACUCAAGUUGGAGUUUAAUUUAUUUCAACAUUUUUCCUCAGAGUCCUAAUCCUACGUUGGGCCCAUUAGAAAAAUCUCCCUUUAGUCUUCCUAUCCCAUUUUCAGAAUUAAAUUGUUAUUAGAUAGUAACACAUUUAUAUAUUACGUAAUUGUAAAAUGCCUAGCAAGAUUUGAGAGAAAGGUGUUAGGACAAAUUUUUGGCCCCAGAAGAAACUAAAACACGGAAGAAUAUGAGUGAAAAAAGAAUGAAGAGUUAAUAAGCAUGUUAAAGAAUUCAGACAUAAUAGUUACUAUGAAAAACAAACGGAUAAGCUGGGCAGGGCACGUAUGGCAAGGUUGAGAACAGAUAAUCGGUCAGUCACCUUCUGGAAGCCGAAGAGCAAAAGACCACUCGGCCGUCCAUGACAAAGAUGGAUCGACAGGGUCCAUAAGGAUCUAGAUAUGCUAGGAAUCCUGAACGGUGAAGAGCUAGCCAGAGACAGAUAGUGACAGAUGGAGGGAAGUGGUGGUUGCGGCAAAGAACUGAAUGGUCAUAUUAAGCCAAAAAAAAAAAAAAUUACAAAGGUGCCAGUUUUCAAAAAUAUCAUGGGGGCUCACUAUUUUAUAAACACAUUCACAGAUUUACCUAAAUCUUACUAUAUAUUUCUUGUUUUUAUUUUCCUUAAAUUGUUCAUUAAAAACAUACAAAAAUAUUUGCUCUUUUUUAAAUUGAAAAAUUGUAUAGCAUUAUGAAGAACCACAAGACAAUCUACACUUUUUCUCUGCUAUUAAUAUCAUAAAAAAAAGUUACUUAAUCUUACUCAAGUAGUUUGUUAUAAAUAAAAUUAUUAUUUUGAAGAUCUACAUGACAAAUAUUGAAUUUUUUUUUAUAAUAUAAGAACCAUGGUGGGCUGAGCUUUAUUUUAUCAAGCUUAUGGGGGACUGCAGCCCCAGAGCCCCUCUGUAUACGGCGCCCCUGCAUACCUAUAUCUGUAAAAAAAAUAUGUAUAAUAUAUAUCUUGAUGAUCAUGGUUUACCAUUUCAAAUAUGAUAAUAAUUUGGGAAUCUAAAUUUAAAAUCCAAUGUUUUCUAUUGCACUAUUUUAUUUUCUAAAAUAAUAUAAAUUAACAACAAUAGUAUCACGGUCUUAAUUUUAGUAGCCAUAUUUGAUCUGAUAUUUUUUUGAUUACAUCUUUGAAUUAUAAAUAAUAAAAUAUAAUUACCUAGGCAAUUAUAUAUUUUGAGUUUAUAUAACUGCUAGAAAAAAGUAGGUAUCUGGUUCUUUUCAGCAAGAUGAUAAAAAUACAAACAAAUAUAACCUAGGCACCUAGGUAUCCAAAGUGUUAUAUUUUUUAUUAUAAAAAAAAACUAGUUAAAUUUUUUUAGUUUUAGCUUACUAUCAAUAAUAAUGUAUAUUAAAAAUCAAAAUAAUUUUAAUGUUAAAUUGAAUUAUUAAACUUACAUUUAAACAGAUGUUAGACAGAUGGCAUAUUUAUAAAACAGUGUUUUGUUUUCUUGAUUCCCAUGGGUGUGUAUUAUAAAUUAUAAUCGAGAUUAUAAUGUGGUUAUAAAAAAUAUAAAAAUAAAGGUCAUCUCUCUAAACAACAAUUUAUUAAAUUUGUUUGUAAAAAAAUUGAUGUAGGUAUUAAUUUUUAUUGAUUGACAUUGGAUUAAAAUGUUGAUAAGAUCCAAUUAUAACUAAAAGUUUAAUGACUUUAAUUUUUAAAUAUCUAUAAUAAGUAGGUACCUAUCUAAAAUUAUUUUAUGGUGUAGCCCAUUAUGUAUUUAUUUGAUACAUGCAAAUUUUAAAACAAAGACAUUUUUGAAUUUCAAAAUGUUUGUUUUACUAGAUGUUACAAUACUAAAACUGAUGAGAUUUUUAUAAAAAAAAUGGUCACUUAUACUAACUUUUAGACGAGCCUUUAGAGUUAUAGUAAAAAAAAAAAUAUAUUAAUAAGUGGUUGUAUAAAAUAUUGAGUAUAAAAAGGAUAUACUUAUCUAAUUGACAUACAUCUCAAAGAAGAGUAUCCUACAGCAACAAAAUCCUAUACUAUUUUUAUUACAGUUUUUAUACAGGUAUGUAUAAGACCAAAAACUUGAUAUGGAAUUCUUUAUACUAAAGUAUAAUGACCUUUUAUCAGUGUUCAAUUUUUUCCUAGAAAUAUACCUAUUAUUUAUUUUUUAUUUUGAUAUAAAUUGCAAUAUUUUUUGUUUUUGAAAUUGUUUACAUUAAUAUGAUACUGAUUAAUUACUUUGUAAAAUCUUUUUAAGUGGCAUUAUUUUAUUUUCUUUGGUAGAUAUUAUUUUUGCUUUUUGAUGAUUUUCUAGCUUCCAAGUUUGUUGAUAUUAUGCAAGGUGCUAAGGUAGGAUAUUUAGGUACCUAUUAUAUCACUUCUUUAAAACUUAAAAUGCUCCAGAUUUAAUAUUCAUUCUGUAUGAAUCAUAAAUCAUAAUUUUUGAAUAUAUAUUUGAACUGUUGAUAAAAAUAAACCACAUAGUGUAUUUUCUUUAUAGACAUAUUAUUUGUAGUAUUAUAUGUACAGCCAGAAAAACUAGAAGCGUAACCGUCACGCUCAUGGUGGCCUUUUUCGUGAAGUCCAGGGCUUCCAAAUAUUCCAAUGUUUAUGUGAGAAGCGUCACACUUAUAACAAAUAGCUGAUAUAGCUGUUAUAGGAAGAACUUUGAGUAUCCUUACUAAAUAUACAUUAUAUAGAUAUAUAUUGUAAUCAAUAUGUAUAAUGUGAAUUUACGGACGAUUAACCAGUCAUAGAAAACCUAAUGAAAAUUUGCCAUCAUGCGUGCGACGGUCACUCUUCUAAUUUCGUUGUCCGUACUAUAAUACCUAAUUACCUAAUAAGUAUAUCUGUAUAUAAUUAAUAUUUACAUUGUUCAGUAGAUAUGCAAUUAAGUAUAUAGAGGUUAUUUUGGCUAAUAUUUUGGUGGUUUAUUGGAUAAUCAUAUGUAUUUAUGAACAGUAGACACUAAACAGUAUUAGAUAUUUUUUUAUCUGUGCAUAAAUAGGUAGAAUCUUAAAAAAUACUGAUUAGGUUUUUUUUUUUACAUCAGUUUACAUAUACUUGUGAAACAUGUAAAAAUAAUUAACUGCUACAUAUUCAUAUCAUAUUAGGUAUUUCUAUGUAUUAUUUUGUUGAUAAACUUCAAUAACUUAAGUUAUUUUGAAUUUAUAUUUAAUGGUAGUAUUAGUUUGUUAAAAAGUUAAAAAUAUUCUUGCCUAAAAUCUAAAAAUUCUAAAAGAAAAUUCCAGUUGAAUAAUAUGUCAUGUGAUUUGGAAUAGAUGUAUUGUAAUCAUAUUAGUAUCUACCUAAUAAGUUUGUAACAAAGUAUUAAAAUUAAAUGAGUAUAAUAUUAUAUGACUAAUUAUAAAAAAAAAAUUGUCAUUUAUUCAUUAGGUUAGGUAGGUAGGUACAAACAUAAUUAAUAUUCACUAAUAAUUUAUUUUGAACUACCGAUUAUGUAGUUUAAAAGGUAGGUAUGGUAGGUAUGGUUACCUAUAAAGUUUUAAAUAUAUUUUGUAUUUUCUGAUAUUUAUUUAUUAAAAUUAGUAGCCUAGAUUUAUUACCUUCAGUAAUAAAGUAAUAACCAUGCAUGCGUAAUCAGGUUCUCAUUGUGAAAUAUUCCUUCUGGCACAUUUGAAAUUUUGUGUUUAUUAGAAUAGUGUGUGCCCUCAACAAUAAUUAUAUAGCCUUGCAUUUUGUAAUUGUUACUUUUGUACCUAAUAAAACAAAAAUAUCCUCAAAAAAAUAGUUAUAUAAAAAUUAAAAUUUUAAAAUCAUGUAGGUAUGAAUUAUUACCUAUUGUAUUUUAACUUAUGUUGACAAAUAUUUUUCAAAUUUUAGUAGGUACAUAUUAUUAUGUUUUUUUAAAAAAAAAAAACUUGUAUUAAACAUUUUCAAAAUCUAAAGGUCUAACUAAUUUUGUUAUGUUUUGUUAUGAUUGUCCACUACAACACAUGCGAGUAGUUUAAUGACCCUAGUAAAUAAUGACUAAUGACAAUAAACAAUUUCAGAUGCCAGUUAUUUUUUUUUUUUUUAUUAUUCAAUUUAUAUAUUAUAAUAUUUAGUUGUUUUUCACAAGUAGAUAUUUAUGUAUAUAAAAAACAAUAAAUAUAUAUACCAUAAAUUACCUACAUGUUUUAGUUUUUCGGGGGAGGUUUUGCAUCAAGCAAAUUCUUCUCCAUCCAUAUCUAUUUUUAGUAAUUUCUAUCUCAUUGGUAAUUGAAAACAUUGCCAUUAUGUUAAUUUUCACUUAAUCAUCUCAUCUUAAACAGAUGCUUUUCUAUCUGUGAAACCUUUCACUUUUUGACCAGUGUAACAGAAAUUGUUAUUAUGUAAAUAUUUCAAUUUUUUUAUUAAUUUUUUCUCAUUUAUAAUAAAACUAAAAAAAAAAAGAUCACUUUAUUUCACCAAUUAAUUAAAGUGUUCUACCUGAAACUACCCCACAAGUUGAUGAUUGAAGCAAGAUUUCUAAAAGUUUUUUAUAGACAGAAAAAAAACACAUUGUGGGGUAGAGUUUAUUUUUUUGUAAAUUACUAAUUGUUAAUAAUGUUUCAAAAUUUAAGGAAGUCUAGGGAGGCGAAGUCCUCACAGGUUAAUUGCACUCAAUCAUUUUAUUGUAAGGAACGCAACAUUUUUAAGUUUUUCAUUUGUUUUUUCAAUUUGAGCACCGGUUUUAGUAUCUCGUUUGUAAUAUUAAGAUCAUCAAAAACCUAUUUAUAUUAUGCAAUAUAGCUAAUAGAUGAUAAAUGUUAUGACUAAAACGUGUGGUUUAUUCUGAGUUUAUUAAAUGUUUUUUUUAUUUAUUACUACUGUUAGUUGGUCAAAUAAAAUAUUAUGAUUCAACACUAUAACGGUCAUUAUUAUUUAAAGUGCUUUAUUAUUGAUGCAUAAACCUUGGUCUAAAUUGAUAAAUACUAUCAUGAGUAAAUCAAAUUGUACAAUUAUGUAUUGAAAUUAUGAUCCUAAAAAUCAAAUUUACUACCUUCCUACUUAAUUAAUAAUUUUUUUCACUAUAAAAUAAUUGAAAAUUUAUUAUAAAUCAUUAAUAUUUAUGUGAUUAUUAAAGUACUUAUUACAGGACAUAGGUACAUAAUAAAAGUAGUCAAUAAUGUAUCCAUUGAUGUAAUAGAAUACCGCUAUUUUGAAUUAUACAUCAGUAUUCAUUAUUAUUUAUUCUACCUGUAUAUUAUUUUAAUCAUAUAUCUUUUUGGUUUAGGUAGAUAUUUUUUAAUAUAUUUUUAUGUAACUAAUGUAAUCAAUAUUAAAUAUUAAUGUACUUAGUGUUAUUAUUAUUAUAUUUAUAAGAAAAUUGGCAUCAAUAUUUGAGUAAUGAAUUUUAGCUCACGUAUCAGGUAUAGUCUAGAACAAGUUAAAAUAAAUAAUCUUUUAUGGGUCAAAGUGUAAAGACGUUUUUAAAGCAUUAAACUUUUGUAAUUUGUGCAAGUUGUUAUGAUCUUAUGCCUAUUAUUGUUCCUAAGUUUAAAUACCUACCUUAAAAAAAAACAUCAUUAAAUAUCAUUUUAGCAAGUACUAUUCUUAGUAUAGUAUAAUAUAUAUAUAUAUAUAUAUAUAUCAUAUUGUUUAAACAGUUAAGUUAUUUAAAUUUAGCUUAAAAUAUGAAAUAAAAGUUUACAAGAAAUAAGAAUUGUAUUAGUAUUUUAUAAACUAAACAUUUGUUUAUAUAAACAAUGAACGUGUGAUGCAACGGCACAACAGUUUCAAUUAAAAUCAGAUAAGUUAUCCAGAUCAAUGUUCAUUUUUGCUUAAAUGGUUUUUUUUUUAAAUUUUACCGUUUUAGAAUCACUGUUCAUUUAACAAUAUUAGGUAAUAUAUAAAUUGCAUACAACUUACAGAAAUAAUGCUUUUGGCCAUUGAAAUAAUGGCCCACUAAUGUUAAAAAUAAAGUGAAAAUGUUUGGGAUAACAUGUACAAUGUUUAGAUGAAAAUCAUCUUUGGGGAUUUUGGGUAAAGACAGAUGUUGUGGGAUACAGGGAUUUAUGAUAAUUUUAUUUAAAUAUUAAAAAGAUUAUUUCAUAGAUACUUAUUGCAAAUAUAAUUGUAAAAUUAUUUAAAGGAAUUAAAAUGGUUGACAUUGACAUUUAUUUUUUAGGCUUUUUAUAUUAAGGGCAUUAAAAUGAGUAUUUCGAAAAAUGACCUUUUAAGUUACCAUUAAGUUCCAUAAAAAUUAAUUGUUCUAAAUUUGUUGCGAAUAUUUUGAAUACCAGGAAAAUGUUUUGCAAGCAAAACAAAUUAAUUGUAAAACCAUGGUCUUUGAAUAUUAAGUCUGGCAACUUGGUGGGUCAAAAGCAGUUCUCUUAAAAAUGAUAAGAAAAACAAAAAAUAAUAUCUCAUACCAACCAAAAAAAUGUAAAUUAUUCCAAAUAAUAAUUUUAUACUGUGUGUCAACUUGUACCACGAACUAAGAUAUACAGGACUGAAAAGAACUAAAAUGUUAUUUUUUACCAAAAUAUAAAAAUUGAAUUCAAAUUUAAAUAACUGUAGUCCUUAUCCCUGUCUUGAAUUCCUGAAAUUAAUGUCAAAAUUAGAAUUUUAGAGUUCCCGUUCAUAAAAAUAUUAAGUUAAUAAAUAACUUAAUAUCGUUAACAUUGUUGGUACCUAUCUGGCUACAAUCCGAUUCUAAGAACUCUUGUAUGUCGACCCUGUGUAUCUAAUCAUUUUGAUUUCAAAGAUAUACAAGUCUUAUAUUCAGUUUAUUUAUAGUUUUUCUCAUCAUUUUCUAAGUUCACCUACCUUCACCAAAAUAUAUUGUACGUAAAAAUGUUUGCAUAAAAUAUAAUUAUCAUUAUGGUAAUAGUCUAUGGAUUUUAGGUUUAAUUGUUGGUCAAUCUGAUAAAAUUAUAUUUUGUUAUCAGUUUUAAGAGAACUGCUUUGUCUUUUAACUAAUGAAAUCCGUGCUCUUAAUAACCGGAUAGAGAAUAGUGAUGCAUACGUGUCACAAUAUCGCGGAUUAAUGUUAAUAAUUAUUAUCUAUUAAGCAGGGAAUUCACUCUGUAAUUGUAAAAUUGCCUAGUUUUUAAAAAAAUAUAUAUACCCAUAAAUAAUAUAAAUAAAUUGUAUAAUUAUUUAUUAUAAGAUAAUAUCAUUGACAUGAAACUUUUAGAUCGUCAUACGUCGUUGAAAGAUGACGGUACUUGUAUAUUAGAAUUCCCUGUCCCCUCAAUAAAAGCACGGGUAAUUAUAUGCUAAUCUCAUAGAGUUGCAUAGGGCUGUGUAAAACUAUUCGCGAUAGAUAGCAAAUAUGGUGGUUCUGUAGUUACUUUUACUAACGGGACCACUGUCUAUGCUGUUAACUGAUAAUAAUCAAUUUCGCAAUGCUAGUUAUUAAUUUAAUUGAUUUUUAUGAAUAAUCGAAUUUAUUUUAUUCGAUUUCAUAAUACCUAAUCAAACAGAAAAAAAAAAUGUUUACUUCAGUUGUUGAACUAAUUGGUAUUUUAAGUUUUAUUUUGAACAACCAUUGGUUGAGGAUACCUUAGCAAAUUUGUUGAAUUUAGAUGCAUGGAAAAUGAUAAUAAAAUAUUAAGAAUCGUUGCUAUGUGUCUUAAAACUAGUUAUUCUGUGCCAGUGAUCUCAGUGGAAAACCUAUGUUUCUGUGUUCCUAUGAAGUUUAUGGAAUUGUUAAAAUUACACCCAUUACAUAACAACCAUAUUAAUUUAAUAGUUAGUAGAUAUUUUAUAUAAUUUGAGCAUUAGUUCUAAAUUAUUUAAUUAGAAUUAAUUAAUUAAAAAAAUAAAAAUUAAUUUUUAUCAGAUUAAAAGAACACUUUUUCAUUCAAAAUUUAACAAUCAACAUUUUAGCAAGUACAUUGUUUUUUUAUUAUAUAUUAGUAUUUUCAGUUCUGUAUUAAUACCUAAUAAAGUGUUUAUAUAUAUUUCAAUUCGAUCAGAAAAUACAAAAAUAGUAAAUCAAUAAAAACACUUCUUGUUAAAAUAAUACCAUUUCAGAUACACAUCAAAAUUAAAACUUAAAUUCAUUAAUACAAAUCACAUCUAUUUUGGUAAAUUUAUUUAAAUUUAAAAUAAAAAAAUGUCUUUUUAUCUUAAAAUUUAAAAUAAUAAACUAAUUAAUAAUUAUUAAAAAUAAUCAACUUAAUUAAUACCAAUUAAAAUGAAAAUAAUUAAAAAAGAUAAACUUAUUUAACUAUAAAAACACGACUUUAUAAACUUAUUAAUAGUUAUUGUAACAAAUUAUACCCGAUAGCUAAUAUUCAAUGCAGUUUAGUGGCUUGCGCAAGGGAGAGGGGAGUUUAGGGUUAUAUCCCCCAUUGAUAUGUGUUUUACAUAUUUAAUGUAUUCUACGAUUCAAUCAAAUACUAUAAAAUAAAAUUGUUUGAUCAAACAGAAAUGCUUGGAAAUUUAACACAAGGUUCAUUAUGAGUUUUACUUAGUGGUAAAAAAAAAAGUUGAGUGUGAUGUAGUAGUUUUUUUACAAUUGUUUUUUAGAUAAAUUUUUGACGGUAAUUGUAAAUAUUAUGGAAUUUCAAAACAUGUAUAACUAAACUUUGCUCAAAGUCGUAUUUCGUUAACAAAGGAUUAUUGAUGCUUAAAAUUCAAAUUAAAUAUCGGUAUGUACCCUAUGACGGGAUAAUUUUUUUUUUUUUAGGUGUGAAGUUGAGAAGGUAGAAUACAUAAAGUUAAAUAUUUAAUUUAUAUAGGUACACUAUCUUCUCAAUAUUCCACCUACAAUAGUGGCGUGUAUCUAUCAACAAUAUCAGCUCUUUUUUUUGUGUCUAUUAAAUAACUUUUUUAAAAUUAUCUACCUACUUUAGAUUCUGAGCAAAAAUAUUGUGUGCCUUUUUUCCAACCUUUCUAUCUGUGGACACAGGGCAUUGUUACUGGUUUAUAAAUUGAUCAUAUAUAUUUUACUGACUCGUCAAUUUUGAACUACGUUUUUAAAAUUAAUACCAUCCGUAUUCGUUAGGCGGAUUUCGCUCAGUUACGUGACGGAUUUCGUGUGACUGAUUUGAUCGAUAUUUUUGUUGCAACUUUCCAAAUCGUAUGCAUUAUUUGUGGCAUAAUGACACCAGGUAUGGCCAAUGUUAUCUGAUAAUAUAUUACAGGUAACAUAAUAAUAAUAUCUUUCUCAGCUUAUUAUCAUUAUUACAAUACAACUUUAAUAUUGUUUUGUCACAUCGUAAAUGUCGUUACUCGUUGGUACCUACGAAUAUUUUGUAAAUAAUAGUACCUGAUGUUUGUUUUUACUUUAUAGUGUAUACUUAUUAAUUUUAAUAUUAAAUUAUAUUUAAUAUAUUUAAUAUAUUAGGUACUUUAUAGUUUUAAUUAAAUACUUUUUUAAUGUACGAAAUUAUUUUAUAAUACAAUGGGAGUUAAUAAAUAACUAUAUUACUAUAAUUAUUGAUAAUUUAAAUUGAUUAACUAGAUGCCUACUUAUAUGUAGGUUAUUUGAGUAAUAUUAUAUUGAUGGUUUUAAUGAUAGAUUAUCUGUUAAGUGUUAUUGCUUAUAUUUUUUUUUUUAAAUAUGACAUUUUAAUAGUUACUUAAGAAUACGUGAUAGACUGCAUGUCUCCGUCUUACAAGAGUAUUUCGUAGUUUGUGUUGUUAUUUUAGAUUUUGAGCGGAACGAGGAAUGUAUUGGUUUUACAAUGAUAUUUGUAUUUUGGAUUCCGAGCGUAGCGAGGGAGCUAUUAGUUUUAAAAUGUUUAAUUUGUCUUCUUUUUUUUUCUUUGUUCUAGUCUGUGGACACGUUUUAUUCUAGUAAAUUUGCUUCGAUUUUUACGUGUAGCAACUUUUUUGAAAGCUCAAGUUGUUUAGAUGGUUUUUUAAAAAAGUCAUUUUUUGAUUUUCGACGCCAUUUUUUAAAUUAAAGCACUUAAAUGGGAUAAAACGUAGGAGAACUUAAAUUAUUUUAAAAAAUACGGACGAUGUUUUCUACUAGAAAAAAUAAUUUAUCCGAAAAAUCGCAAUACUCCCUUUUUGUUGCUUUUCUGAUUUACUUUUUUACGAUAUCAUUGCCAAAACUUUUAAGCCAUUUUUGAGCUUUUAGGGAUUUUAAUUUUUGGAAGCUUUUUGCUGUAAUUCGGUUAUAAAUACACGUAGAGACUUGAUACUUGGUAAUAAUACUUAUAUUAGACUUACCUAGACUUGGUAAUAUUUCCAAAAUCAUCAGACGAUUUUUUUUAUAUUCGUUUUGAAAUAUAAAUUUAAACGAAAAUCGCAAAAAAAAAUUACGGUGCUUCAAAGUAUGUGUUACCGAACUGCGCUUGGAAUCGUCUUUCAUCAAGUAAUGGUUUAUCGUUCCUUGCAGUUGUAAAUAAAAUAAUCUUAUAUAUCCUAUCUUUCCAAUUUCUCACCUUCAACAGUGGCCGCUCCCCAGUAUCAACUCUUUUUUAAAAAUUUUUAUCUAUGAACAUUUUUUCUACCAGCAGUUCUUCUCCGAUUUUUAACUAUAAUACUUUUUCUGAAAAUAAAUUUGACUGGAGCAUGGUACUUUAGGGAGGUCAUUUUUUGAUUUUCUCAGCUGUUUUCAUCAUCAAUGGGAAAAAAACGUUGGAAAAACGGGAAAAUAGACAACAUUAAACAAAUAUUAUUAAAGAAAUUAUAUAAUGCAUACUAUGUAAUUAUUUUAUCAUAAAUGGCAUAUAUAUUGUUGACAAGUCCGCUCAGAAUCGUUGUUAGUUAGCAAUUGUUAAUCUUUGCAUACAGACAUACAUUGUCUUUUUAACUUCCCAACUUCUCAUUUACAAUAAUGGCUCACCCAUCGUUUGAAUUAUGUCCAUAUCUUUUUACAAAAAAUUUAUUAAAAUCUAUUUUAAAGGAAAUAAUCUGUGCUUCUACGUUGUUUUUUAAUCAAGGCUUAAGCGUUUUUAAUUUUGUAUACUGUAUAAUUUUGAUAAUGUUCUUAUCUUUAAGUUUGAUAACAGAUGAAUGCUCUGUAAUAUUUAAAAUAACACGCAGCUCAAAGUUGUCCCUGCUGUGAACGUCGUAUCCGAAUUUAUUGUUUCAAUCUAACUAACGGACAACAAAGUAAAAUAAAGUUAUUUAUGUCGAGUUGCACCACAUAUUUACACAGAAAUAAACUUAUUUAUCUAGAGUUAAAAUAAAUUCUGUUUUAAAUUUUAUCUGUUGAUAAAAAUGCAUGAGUUAAAUUACAGAUCCAUUUAUUGCUGUGUAAUAAUGUAUGUAUAGUUAAAUUUCGUUUUCAAUGUGUUUGCGUUAUUAUGGUGAUAACGGAAAACAUUAGAUAUUAUUAAUAUUAAAUAUUUUUUUUAUUAUUUUCUUUUUUGACUGAAUAAUUUACAUUAAUAAUGAAUAGUUAUUAGAAUGGUCUUCACCAGAUACAUCAGAUAUGUUUGAUGUAUAAAUAAUAUUAGAAAUAUUUAUUAGAAUUCCAAAAUCUAGAGUCAUUCGUGACAGUUAUAAUCUUUUAAACAAUUUUGAUGAUUAUGACUUUAAAUGUCGAUUUGAUAACCAGUAUCCUGAUAGUUAUUAUUUUAUUUAAAGAGCUGUAACUUUUUGGUACGAACAUUUAUUAGAAAAACAACUACUUACAGGCCUCGAAUAUUCUCUCCUGUAAAAUGUGUUAUUUGUGUUUAAACUCUAAUAUACUAUCCCUAAACGCCACAAUUGUAGUAGUGGUAGUAUUCGUAUUAGGAUUUAAAAGUGUUUAAUAUUUAAGUAUUUAUACGUUUUUAAUUAUGGAUAACUCGGUUGGCAAUAAUACGAUGUGCAUGAAUGGAGGAAACGUGUUGAUGAAUAUAAUGUAAGUCGAUACAAUAUACAUCCCUAUUUCGUUUGUGGUAACUAGGCCGGUCACGUAAAACGAGGUUUUUGUGUGAAUACUUUCCCCGUCGGACAAUAUACGCUCUGGACUCUACCGUGCUUACUUUCAAAUAUAAAGUAUUAAAAAGAACGCUAUUUAUUAUACUUACAUGCACCUAUGUCGCAGAAUUUUAUUCCUGUAAACAUUUUUAGUUAAAACAUCCAUUGUUGGAAUAAUUUCAGUCCUUUAGUUAGGUAUUUAAAUUCAGUGGCGUAUUUGUGAGAGGGAGGUGAUGUGUGGAUCGCCCCUCGGAAUUUUUAGCUGUGAUUUUUUUAAUCUCUGUUAUAGCCUAUGGGUAAAUAAUAUAGUAUUUAUACCCGUGAUAUUUAUUAUUUAUUGGGUAUUUUUAUCAGCGUUGCCAAAAAGUAUUGAUAAUGAUAUACUGAGGGCAAUUUAUACCCCCAUAUUCAUCAAUACCCCUAUAUGUAUAAUACACAGGGGUAUCGAUGUGGAUAUCCAAGCAGUAUUUAUAGAUCGGUUUGUAGGAGUAAAAAAUAUAAUAUUGCUCUUAUAAACUAUUAUAAUUGUUGUAAUAACUCUUAUAAUUGUUGUAAAUAUGUUUGUAUACUCCUACAAUUGUUUGGAACAAAUAAAUGUUUAUAUAUCAUUUUAGAUUCUGAAUCAAACGAGGGAUCUAUUGGUUUUACUAUGAUGUGUAUUAUUUUUUUCGGUCUGUGAACAACUUUUUCCUAGACAUCUCGUUUCAAUGAAUACAUGAAAAGAGACUGUUUUUGUUGCAUUUUGGUUCAAGUCGGUAUUUUAAAAAGGUUAUUUUUUGAAAUUCUCAUUAAUAACUAUUCGAGAUAAUGAGAACAUUGGUUCUUUAAAUUAAAAAAGAUUAAAGAAUUAAAAAUUCUUAUUAAUUCUUAUUUAUUUUUUGUUAUUAUUUUAAUCUAUUUUAAACAAUUGUUAUCGUGGAAAGACACAUUGUUUUAGAUUCUGAGUUUCGCAAAGAAUGUAUUGGUUUUACAAAGAUGUUUAUUUUUUUUUUAUAUGUGAACACUUUUUCUACCAGAAAGUUUACUCCGAUUAUCAAGAGUAGCAUCUUUUCUGUAAGGAAAUGUUCUCUGGAUAAUACUUAUAAGAGGUCAUUUUUUGAAAUUCUCGUUAAUAUUCAAGAUAAUGAGGAAAACCUGGUUCUUUAGGUAAAAAAGAUUGAAAGAUUAAAAAAAAGUUUAUUAGGAACAGAUUUUAUUUAUUUUUUUGUUAUUAUUAAUUUAAUCUUUUUAUUUAAAUAAUCAUUAUUGUCAUGGAAAUGCACAUGUUGUAAUUAUUUUACUAUAUAUAUACAUAUAUUUUGUUGACAAAGCAACACUAUCAACUGAACUCCUAUCAGAUUAGUUUUUUUUUUUGCAAUGAUUUAUCGUUGCUUACAGAUAUACAUUGAAUUCCUUUUUUUUUUAUUAUUAUUAUUCUAUUAUUUUAGGUUUUUUCUUUGUAUAGAAACGUUUUUUUUUAUUAGAAAUGAUUAAUCAUUGCUUACAGACAUAAAUUAAAUAACUUUAUGUAUCCCACCUUCCCAACUACCCAGUUACAACAGUGGCCGUACCCGUCCCCAUUAUAAGAAAUUUUUUUUCACAAUAUUUAUAGUUUAUACUUAUAAACUAUUAUUUUAUAUUAUAUAUAAAAAUAAAAAUAAACUGUUGCUUUUUUAAGCUCCUCGCGAUAUUUUAUGUUUUAUAAUUUUUAAACCGCCCCUUCCCCCUCUACUUUGAUUCAGUUCCAAAUACACUACUGUUUAAAUCAACUAUACAUUUUGAUGUGAAAUAAAAAAACAAUUUUUUUUUCGUUCGUUUCAUAGUUUUUAAAUGGUUUUUGUUUAUUCAGAUUUUUACGAUUAUUUUUAAUUUUGUUAUAUACCGAAUUAUGACAAAACAAUUAAAAUUAAUGAAACGGUUAAUACCAAAAACUUUUCUGUUUAUUCUACGUUUUUCUUAGUUUUUUUUUAAUUAGUAAGAAAACUUAGAAAACUAAAAAAAAAAAAUAAAAAAAUGAAUUUCUUACUCACUAACUUGACACGAUUCUCUUUCAGAAAAGAUGCUAUUGGUGCUCUUGAAAUUUAGAGUAUGGUUGUUUCUUAUAAUGAAAUAUAUGUUAUUUAUGAAAUACAUCAUGUCAGUAUGAAAUCCGUUAAUGCCGUAAAUAUGUAUUCGUUUUUCUAUUUGUUUUUUCUGGUUUUUAUCAACUGUAAUGAAAACUGCUUAGAAAAUCAGAAAAUUACUUCUCCAAGUAGAAAAUUUCUUGUCAUUUUAUGGUUGGCGCAAGAUUUUUGGUAAAAAAAGUUGUUUACAGACAAAUAAAAAGCACACAUCAUCAAAAAUAUAUAUAUUCCUUAUUUUGCACAGAAUCAAAAAAGAAACUUAAAAAACGUACAGGUAUGCCUACACCUACGUAAUAAUUAUGUUUAAAUUAUUAAUUGUUUAGUUUUGUUUACGUAUGUUAUAUUAUUGUAGCCUAAAUCUGUGGAAAAAACUAGUAGUAGUUUUAAGUGGUAUAAUAUUGGGUUUUUUUAUUUUCUUAAAUUAUUGGACUGAAAACGUCGAAAUUAUAGAUUUUAAUUUUAAGAUUUUAUACUAUACCUAAUGCAAGUACGUGUACGUGUUAGGUAAUAAUUAUCUUCCGAAUUAUGAGUUCAUAUCUACCUAGUUGUUUUGCAGUCACGGUAUUAUGUUAUUAUUAUGGCUAUAUGUUAUUUGUAAAUUGCUACUCGACAUUUUCUAUUCCAUAAUAACAAUAAUAACAAUUAUAAUAUUAUACCUGUAAGUGUAUUAAAAGCAUAAUUAUCUAAAAGAAUCUUUUGAUACUUGACCGUGCCUUCUUGCCUUCUUACUGUUAAUAAUUACUAAUCAAUACUUACAACAGAUGUUAAAAUUAAAAAAAAAAAAAUCGAUUAUAACUAAACAGCACACAAUACUAUAGAAACGUGAAAGUGAAACUAAUUAGUAAAAUAAUGUUUAAAUAAUACAUCUAUAGGCAGAUUUUCUCUUAGAAAAUGUUCGAAUUGACAAUGAUGAUUAUGAUUUUCAUGAUAAUAUGUUUCCAAUUAUUUUUUUUUAUUUUUAUUUCCUGCGUAUCCAGUACGUUUUCUGAAAUAAGUACAUAAAACAUUAUUUAGCACACACUUGUUCGGGUUUUUUUUUUAAAUAUUUCAAACAUUAAACUGAAAAAAAAAAUUAUAAUUAACGAUCAUCUUUAUUUGUAGUCAAGGCCGUUGUUUUGCCUAAAGUACGCGUAAAUCGUUAAAAUAAACCUAAAUCACUGAACGAGGGGAAGAGAAGGGGAAAAUCAGGAUGCCGACCAUAUGGUGUGUUGUGAAAUUCCUGAGCUGCCCACAUUUAUUGUACCUGGCGCUGUAACUUGUAAGCUACUUUCAACCGUUAUGCAUUUGCAUACACCAGAAAUAAUACUUACGUAUCGAAACUUCGGCACUUCAAAUAUCAAAUCCAUUACCCAUUAUUAUAAUAACUAAUUUAUAAAUUAUGUGAUACGCUUCAUGUAUAUUUAUCCAAAUGCACAAGUUUUCGAUGCUUUUGUAUAUCUUGGAGUUACUUCUAUAAUAAAUAUUAACAUUAUUUUAAAAUAAUUUCCACGUGCGUCAUUAAUUAUGUAUUUAUUCAUUAUUGUUAUUAUAUGUGUAUUAGGGUAUGACUCGUAUGUUACGGUAAAAGUACGAAUGAAACCUUGGUUCGAUUGCAAGUAAAACCUAGAUGCAACAAAAUGUUUUGAUGCUUGUGCAAUAUUAGUACUAUUGAAUUCGAUUUUUUAACUACAUAUAGAUAUAGGUACCUAUUAAAACCUAUAACUUACAAUAAAUAGUGAUAUUGUUGAAACGGUAUCAAUAUUUUAUUGAUAUUGAGUAAACGGUUGAUGCAUUGUUUAUGUUUAAUAAAUUAUUGUAUUAUUUUAAUUCGAAGUUUUGUAACAAAGGUUAAUCGUAAUAACAUAAUAACAAAAAUUAAGAUUAUCUGCAUAUUAUACGAGCGAUUGUAUGAGUAAAACGACCAGAUAUUAUAUCUCGUCGUAAAUUAGGUUGUAUUUUGAAUAUUUAUUUGCGUAAUAAUACACUACCUACCUGUUGUAAUAAGCGUAUUAUUUUUUUACAAUUUACGUUACACACUAUUAUUUAUUUAUUUUUGUAGGUAUUUUGGUGUUUUACUUCAAUUUACUUAAAACGUAAUUGCCUGUACCUACUUCACUUAGUUUGGCCAAAGAUUAGAUGAAAUUUCAUCUAUUUUGUGAUUUGGCAUUUAUAUGGUACGCAUAAGGUGCUUAAAUGAUAUAAUGCAUCGUAUAAUAUAAGAAACUAUUAUAGAUGUCGCUGGUUGUUCUCGUUCUACGUCCGCGUGGGUAUUUGCGGUACAGUUAGUAGACCAGUUGUCGUGUGUUCGUAGGUUGUAUGACGGUAUAGUAGGUCGUACCUUUUUUUUUUUCUAAUAUAUACGUUUAAUCUUUGUUCAUACGGUUGUACGUUAGUAUCGACUGUGUUCUGUUCAAUUUUUUUUUUUUUCAAAACGAUUUCUGCGGUAGUGCAUUGCAGUUUAUACAUCAGAACUUUAAACGUAAGUGACUCUCGUCUUAUGUAUUUAUUAUCAUUUUUUCGUUUUUCAUAAUUCGCUAAAUAUGUUUACUCUUUUAAAUUAAUUAUUUUUAUUAAGUAACGAUCGCUAUUGAUAUAUUGGUAUAAAACAGAAAAAAAAUUAAUACUUCUAUUAUACACAUUACUGAACUAACUAAUUAUUUUCUUCAGCUUAAAUACCUAACAAUAAAGUUAUUUAUUUUCUCCCAUUUAUAUUUAUCUGACGUAUCUUAUGACUGCAGUUAUUUAAUUAUUAAAAGUUAUUUAUUUCCUUUAUUUUUAACAAUAAGAUUGAUUGUUAUCCUCAUAUAUUACUUUAUGGAAUAGUUUGUUUAUCUGAAAAUAAUACACCAUUUAAGUUCAAUUAUUUAUCGUAUAGAUACUUAGAUUGUAUCAUUCUUUACAAUAUAUAUUGCAAUUCAACUAAUUUCGUUAACAUCUGGUUAGGUUUCAAAUAACAAAACGUUUUCAGUACAUAAAAGCGGGAAAAUAAAAGGUCCCUUCUGAUUUAGUAAUUUUCGACCCUCGAAAAACGACCCUUAGUAAAACUCUAAAUUCAUCUUUAUUGUAUACAAUAAAACGUGGGUGGAUCAUGUAUUAUUUAUUUAUAUACUGCCUAAUUUCUUAGUACUUGCAUAUAUUGAUACCUUAUUUAUAUUUCUAAUUACGCAAUUCUGAUAUAUAACAAUAAACUUAAUUGCGAAAUGGUACAAUCAAUGCGUAUGGCAAUUAUAUAUUUUCAAAAUUGUUGACUGCUCUUGGCUUCAUUUCCAAUUCAACUCUGUACAUUAUGGCCACUUCUCUAUUAAUCCGAAUAUCAUAUUUUUCAAUGUUUUUUCUUACGUCUUAAAACAAAAAUCGGCUAUUACCUAUUCUAAUACUCUUAGUAGUUAGUAUUAAUUAUCGUCUGCACGCGGGUGUUCAGGAUUAUACGUGAUUUCGUGUCAAAACAUUCCAUUCCGUAAUAGGCGAGGAAUGUAACGUCAAGAACCUGUAAAACAAACGCAACAACAUUAUCUUUUAUCCUAUCAUUCAUCUUGGUCAUAUUCAUUAUUUUAUGCAGUUCCAAGAAAAAUAAGAUUCAAGUUCAAUAUUAUUGAAGUGUUAAACGAAACACGGAAAACAUAUAAAAUAUUUCGUGUGCAGGCGUACUGCCAAGUUGUGAAACAUGUUUUCAUAUUCCUACCCAAUUUAUAAUGCCUUAAUUUCGUCAAAUUAUAAUUACUAAUACUAAAAUACUAAUAUUUACCACUAAUAUUUAAAAUACUAAAUGUGUUUGAUAUAAUAUUCAUAUAAAUCUUUCAUGUUUUAAAGAUAUGCGUAUUAUACCUGUAAUACAUUAAUACUUCACAGCCUAGUAAAUAUUGUAUUGAAAUGUUUUAGUUAGAUACCUACGUAUGUUUUUAUACAUUUAAUUAUUCAAUGUAUAGGUACACUGUUCAUAACACAACUUUAUCUGUUUUGAUAAAUAAAUGCAUAUGAUUAAUAAUUGCUUUUCGUUAACAAUCAUUCAGUUCGAUCAUAUGUUCUGUAUUCAACAACAGGUUAUAGAAUUGUCCUUGUGCAGUUGUGCUACUACUAUACUGGCUUCGUGAUUUUUAAUUAUUAUUUAUUCAUCGUGCAUAUUAGACACUAAUUAUACAAUGCAAUCGUAUUAGCUUCUUAUUUCGCCUAUGUAUUGUUUAUUCGUGUAGUUAACGAGCCAAACGGAUAUAAUUUAUUCGAACGCUUGAUCACCAUGUCUGGUAUACCGAGCGGUCUAUGGGCACAUCCACCCUUACCACCCGGCAAACGGAUUUUAGAUCGUUCGAAUUCUGAAGAUAGGAAGUCUACUUUUGGAUUCAUGCGAAAGUUUCCUUCCGUGCGCCGUCGCAAUAGCAAAAAGGAUAGUAUGAUGGAUACCACUUACGAAAGUUUUGACAGUUUAUUCGAAGACAAUGAUAUCGUUAUGGCUGGAACGGAAUGCGCCGAAAGCUCGAAUAGGAAUCCGAGGCCAUUCACAGCGAUGUUCAGAAGCAGAUCUGAUGGAAAUUUAGCUGGGUCUUCUAGUUGCUCAGGUUUGUCUCACGAGUCUGCAGAACCAAAAGGUUUUACGAAAUAUCUGAGAGUACUGAGUGGAAGUUGGAAAAAUUUGUUAAAUAGUAAGUGAUAUAAGAUAAUAACAAUGUAUGCAUUAUACUUAUAUAGCUGGGUUGCAAGUUUAAUAAUAACUUGUAAUAAUGACGACGAUUGCAUAGUAAAUGAACAUUCCGACGGAUUUGUUGUAUAAUAAUAUUAUGCAGGCACGCUCAUGAUUUAAAUAAUAUGCGCCCGGACGUACGACACUUAUUCAAAUCGAAUUAUGUAAACUUAAGACCCCUAACCGAAAACAAAAAAAUUAUAGUUCGAUUAUACAGAAUAGGCUAUGUAAUUGUAUAUAUUUUUGUAUUCAGUCGUGUUUUCGGCCUAUUGUCCAAAUACAUUCGUGUUUCCGUCUUUUCUGUCCCCCUUCGUAUAGACUUAGCAAUCAUUUUUUUUAAUAAUAAUUGUGGUGUGUAGUCAACUCGUUUAAAUAUACGACCGUCGACCUUAGAUCAUCGGUUACGGCUGUUCAAUCAUUACAAAUAAAGGCAUAAUAUUUUUUAGCGAAAAUCGUUAUUUUAGUGUAAUAUACCUAAUACCUAUUUGAUAUAUCUUGGUGUGUAUUAUUACAUUUAUGAAAUCUAACUCGAGUUAUUUGUUUGGUAUUUAUGUCUGCAGGUGACUGAAAUUUAAAUAAUAGAUGUAAAAUAUAUACUUAGUGCUGCAUUUUAUUAAGGCGAAAUUAUGGUUACUACUUAAAAUUAAAUCUAUUAAUUUUCAGUAAAUUUUGAGUGCAAAAGUGCACAUAGGUGCUCUAAGAAUAUAAUUGUUUUGUAUCAAAAUUAAUUAUCUAUAAAAAGUAAAAACGUAUUUAUAUCAUUAUUUGAUUUUAAUUAUAAUAAUUGGUCUUCUUUUAUGGGCAUUGUAAAAUAAUUGUACACAAUUGUUAUCGAAUGAAAUCAUAUGAUAACAAAAGCUGAGUUAUGGUUUUUUAAAUUUUUAACGUUUCAAAGUAAAAAAAAAAAAAAUGUACAAAAUUAAUUAAUUUCUGGUUGUUAUUUAUUAUGUUAAGUAUUUGUUGUAUGUAGAUAUAUUUCUAGACUAAAGUAAAAGAAAAAUACAUUUUAGUAUAAAUAUAUAUUAUUACAAAUCGACUGUAAAUUACCAAGUAAUAAUCAAUAUUUUAAAUAAUACCUAUAAUUAUUAUCACUCUGUAGUUGUUUUUAUAACUAAACGCGUGUCUUAUCUUGAGCCAUACUUGGUCGUUGGUUUUGGUAUUGAUAGUAAAUAUGCAACUAUUGCAAAUAGGUACUUAAUUUAUGUGAAUAAUUGUCAGAUAUAUACGUCUUAAACAAUAAUGAUUACUAAAUAAAAUACGUUUAAUAUAUACACUCGUACGUUCGAAAAAGAAACCGCCUCUUGAAAUAUUUGUGCGAUUGGUGAUAAAUGUUUUUCUACUGCAUACAUUUAUUACCUAGGUACCCAGGUACUUGAUAUUUAUUAUUUUAUUAUCAUAAUAUUUUUGUAGAAUUUUGAUAUACUUUUAUAAAUACAGAAGAACUGAAUAGAGAAUAAUUUUAAUUGAAUGUCUAGAUAUCAAAACCAUAGAAUAUUUUAUUAAAUAAAAUGAUUAUUAUAUUACAUUAUUUAUUUAAUUAUUUAUUCGUGCAUUAUUAUCCCAUCAUUGAAAUUGCGUUCUGUGAAUCGAAAAUACUCCUGAAUUUGUUAUACUUAUGUAAAACCACUACUGAUGGAUCCCAGUGAAUUCAUAAGAGGAAAAUGUGGACAUUAUUACGAUUAUUAUACUUUAACGUCAUCGACCACGAUCACGACAACGAUUGGCGGAAAAACUAUAUAGUCAAUGGCUGAUAAUAAAUGAGUAUCGAAAUUAAUUAAAUAUCUGAAACAUUUUUUGUUUAAAGAGUAAGAGAAGUGGUAAAUUUCUAUUGAACAUCAGUUUACCACGUGUCACAUUUAUAAAAUCAAAAUUAACAUGUGUUUUAUAUAAUAUUUAAUACAGGAUACUGGUUUAGCUGCAGACUGCAUUUUCUUAUAUCUUGUUACUUAUCAAAUACUUAUAGUUAACAGAAUGUACAAAAUUAUAUUUUUAGCUCUCCAACGUAAUAUACUCACUGAACACACCCUAUUUAAUGAAGGUACCUACUCUUUGUAUAUAGUCUUUGAUAAUACUCGUAUUGAAUAAUAUUUAUAAAAUUCCAGAACCAUAAAAAAUCUGUAUGGAUAUUUGCAAUUUGAAAUAUGAUUAUUAUUUAUUACAACAAUUUAGAGAGCUUCAUUAUGAAAAAAACAUUGAGACAGAAUUAUUACAUUGCUGCGUCCCACUAAUGUUUUAACAAAGGUGUAACACCUACAUUUUAGUUGUAUUCGCAACCACGCAAAUUUCCAAUUUAAGAAAACUGGUUUCUAUAAAUUAUAUACCUGCGUUCUCGUAUACCAGAAUUUAUCCAGAUAAACAAAUCAAGUGCAUUAAACAUUAUCCAGACGAACAUCUUUUCAAACAUUGAUCUAUACAUUUAUUGUAAUUUUAGAAUAACACGUUUCUAUCUCCUUAUUGUUACGCUAAAUAAAAUUAUUAUAUAUAUUUAUGUGCGAGUGUGUGUUUUUUUUAAAAAAAGCGUGCCUAUUAAAACAAAUAUUCCUAAUGGUUUAAACUUAAAAGUGUUAAAAUUGAAAACACAUGUCCUUUCUUUUGUUCAACAAAUAUUUAAUACUAUUUAUAUUUACUUUUUGUAGAUGUUUACUUGUGUAAGUAGGUAGUAUAGUUUUAUGCAUACUUAAUUUUAAGUAUAUAAUGAAUACGAUGUACAUCAAAUUGUCAACAUAGUUGUAAUGAAUAGUUUUAAAAAUGGUACGGUAUUAGUGUAUUAUCACUAUAUUCUAAAUAAACAACUAUCUUAUUGCUGUCCAAUUUGAAUAAUAAUUAUUAAUUAUCGGCCAUAAUCAACUAAUAUUUAAUAAAUAAACUGAGUUUUGCAUAUGUGAAUAGUGAUUGCUUCAAUCAUUGAAUCAACAUGCUUCAACUACCCUGAUGAAGCUUUUGACCUCGCUCUUUAAGACCGAGUAUUUAUAAUAUUCCCUAUCAAACUCUUGAGUUACGGUUGAGUAGCUAUUGUAAAUUUUGACCCAUUGUUUACUUGAAUACUGAACCUUUAUAAAAAAUUGCAUAACUAAGUGCCCAUAAAAUAGGUUAUUAUGAAACAAUAUUUAUGACCCAUGUAAUUUUAUUACAGUUAGCAGUAUGAAUAAAACCCAGAAAAAUGUUCCUCAAGUUAAGAAAGUCCCUCCACCAGCCAUUCCAGAUUCGGUUGCUUGUCGACAUUCUGGCAGUAGUUUUGGAUCUACAGGAUAUAGUAGUUCCAGUGAUGACGCAUUUCUUGAUCCUAAUACUUUUAUAAAACCAGGUAAAUUCCAAAACAAUACUCUUAAUGUUUUAUACAUAAUAGUUUAUUUUAGAUUCAGAGUGGAGCGAAGAAGCUUAUGGGUUUACAAAGAUGUUUAUUUUUUUUUUUUAUCUGUUAACAACUUUUAUAUCAGAAGACUUGCUUGGAUUUCUAAGUUUAUAAAUCUGUGUGGGCUGGUAUUUCAGGGAGGUAAUUUUUCGAUUUUCUCAAGAGUUUUCUCAGCAAAUGUAAAAAACUAGGAUAAAACAUGGAAAAACUUAGAAAAAUUUGGAAAAUCAGUACAACAUUAAACAAAUACUAUUAAAGACUUAAAUACUUUGUUUUGCUUUUAUUUAUAAAACAACAUUUUUUUAUUGUAUACGAAUAUCCAAUCAAAAAUCACAUUUUAAACAGUUUUGCUAUUCAACGCAUAUAAAUAAAUAUUAUUCUAAUAUAUUUAUAUAUUUUUAUGUUUUUAUAACUAUUUAAAUAAUGAAACUGUAUGGGUUUUGAAAUUUAAUUGUUUAUUAAUUUAUUUGAAUUCAAUAUAGUUUAACAUGUCAGAGAGAAUAAAUUUAGUUUUUUGUUGACUCGCAGAAUUACUGUAUGCAACUUUUAAUCAGUACUCAUGUACUGGGUGCACAUAUAAAUUUCAAAAGGGUUAUUAUAUACUUUUGAACUACUUACUGGCUACCAUAUUGAAGUGAUUAUUUCUUAAUUAUUGGAAAAAACACUGAACUAAUCUAAUUUGCUUUUAGAUCGGAGCUGUGGCGUCACCGUUUUCAUUGUUUUUAUUAUGUGAUCACUGUGUUUUCAACCAUAAAUAUUGCUAGAUAGAUAGAUAGAUAGAUAAAUGAUAAGAAAUCUUUCUGUUGGAUUUUAAUGUAGAAAUAAUGAGAAGUUUUACAAAAAUAAUGCUUCUUAUUGUUUAAAAUUCUGUUUUUUCAUUGUAUUUCAGGUUAAAAUAUUCUUAGAGACUAAACAUGUUUAAAGAAAAUUUGUAUUUACGUUUUCUAGGCAUGAUAAACCUUUCAGAUCAUUUAAGACAUUUUUGAGCUUUUAUUAGACAUUUUAAUUUUGAGAGUUUUUUAAGUAAUUUUUAUUUGGUAGGUAUUUUGUAGAUAAAUUGUGAAACUUAACAAAAAUGCUUGAAAAUUGUUUAGGAGGUUCAUAUAAGUUGCACUUAGUGGUCAAAAAAUAAAAAUUAGUUUAAUGUACUAUUUUUUUUUUUUUUUUAUAAAGAGUCUUAAAAUCAAAUUUUAAUCGAAGUUAGGAAUAUUCCAAAAGUAGUAUAGGACCAAAAUGAAUGACAAAAGCAAGAGAAGUAAUCUCUAUUUCCCUAGAUAUUCAUUUAUUUACCUAUUUAUUUCAUUGCAUUUGGGCUCAUUAAAAUAUAAUUUAUUUUUAGAUAUUUAUGAUGCAGCAGAUACAUAUUGUUCUGCAGGAAAUAAAUCACCAUCACAAUUUAAUCAUUCUGCAUUCACAUUUCCUGGAUCUUCUUCGGUAAAUAAAAUUAUUAUUUAUAUCUUACAUUCCCAUUUAUUUAAUAUUUUUAUGUUGUUUAUUUAGUAUCUUCAUACUUCUGGAAAUAUGAAAAUGUAUUACCACCAGUUGUCACUUCAGGAAGAUCAAGGAAUUGAUAUGACCCAGAGUCCUGGUCGCGAUAGUCCUGGUUCAUCAGGAUCAGGUUCAGGAUCGCGGCAUUCCACUGCUAGUUUAGAUAGUGGUCGUGCUUCAGGAUGUCAUCUUCGAGGAAAUAAUCAUUGGCCUCCCGAACUUAGUCCUUCUACUAGAGUUGAAAGACUUCUUAAUCAAGGGGUCCCUGUGAGUUAAUUUGUUUAAGUAAAUAUUGUAAACUAUAUAAACUAAUUAUGAAUGUUAUUUGUUAUUAGGAUAAAGACAUAAUGUAUAGUUGGUUAGUAGAUCUUCAUUUAGAAGAAUAUUUACCUUUGUUUUUAUCAGCGGGUUAUGAUAUGAGAACAGUUUCUAAAAUGACACCGGAGGUGAGUUAUUAUUUUUAAAUAUGGAUGGAACCUUAUUAAACAUAGUGAAAGUUGGACACACAUUAUUACAUUUUGAAUUAUUUCUGUACUUAUAUUAUUUAUGUUCACAAUAGGAUUUAACUGGUAUUGGAAUAAAGAAACCAAAUCAUAGGAAGAAAUUAAAAGCUGAAAUUGGUCUACUAAAUAUAUCUGAUGGAUUGCUAGAUUAUAUUCCUGUAAGUGUUAUUUUUGAUUUUAUUUGUUGUAUUAUUUAUAUUAUAAAUAUAAUUAUUUAGGGAUCACUAGAUGAAUGGCUCAGAUUACUACGACUUGAAGAAUAUGGAUCAGCAUUAGAAGCUCAAGGAUAUUCCACAAUAGAUGAUGUAACUCAGUUAACGUGGGAAGAUUUAGAAGAUAUUGGAAUAGUUAAGCUAGGCCAUCAAAAACGAUUAUUACUUGCAAUAAAACGAGUUAAAGAUAUUAAGGCUGGAAAAUCAUUUAUACCUCAUUCUCCUUAUAUUAUUCAAACUCAAGUGAGUACAGAUAUUAUAUUUAAUUAAAUUUACUCUUAGCAAAAUCUCGAAAAUGUAUAAAAAUAAAUUAUUAUAUAAAUUAUAGAAAACAGUAACAUAUUAUUGGUUAAAUUUAAAUAGUAUUUGUUUAAUCUAGGGAUGUAUAAAUUUGUAUAACUAAUUAUUAUUCUACAGUAUUUUUGUAACUUUAUUACCUACUCAACUAUUAUCAUAUGAAUUGUUUCAUGUUUACUAAAUAAUAGAAUUAUACAAAUUAUUGAAGUUUAAAUUUAACCUAUUGGCUAUUACCAUUAUACUAUUAGUUUAUAUGCUAAUAUUUUAGGAUAAUUUAAAAAAUUUCAUAACUAUGACAGUAUUUAUAUCAACUAUAAAACCAAACUUUGUCAAAUUAUUAAUAAUUAUAUAUGGUUAUUAAUUUGAUAAAAAUAAACUAAAAUGGAAGAUCUGAUUAUAUUACUAUUUUCUAAAAUAUUACAUGAAUAUUUGAAUUGUAAUUUGUUUUAUUUAAAAUGUCAUAAACCAUCAUACCAUACCGCACUGCAUAUAUCCUUAUUAUUUUAAAAUUCCCUUAGAUUUUUUUUUCAUAUAUCAUUUUUAGUUGCCAAAUUUUUUAAAUUUUAUUUCUAUAGUAAACAGUAUGGCACUAUGAAUUGUGAAAAUAGGGAUUGUAAGUACUAAAAAAUUUUGCUCGUUUUUUAGAAUUUGAUUUACAAAUGCAUGUUAUGUGUUUAUUUUGCAUGUUUAAUAUUUUUUCUUUGAUGCUUUUAAUUUGCAUUCACAUUUUUAUUUAAAUCGUAUAUUGCAUCCAAAAGGCCUGCAUCGAGUCGCCAUUAAGCAUUGUGAGCAGCAGUUCUGGAUGUGGAACGAGUAUCACAAACAUAAGUUCCGGUAUGGGCAGUGUUGAACUUGAUUUACCACGCGUGCACGCAACGUAUCACAGCUUUCAUCAACCUUGGGAGUUAGAAAGUAGCAAACAACUUUAUUGUCAAACAGAUAUUGUCCCUAUCAAGGUAUACAUUUUUAUUUUAUAAAAUAUAUUUUGCUAUCAUCAUGUAUUGUUGCUUUUUAAAAUUUUUGAGCGUUUGUCAAUUUAUUAAGUCCCUUAGACCUACUCCGGAUUCGAACUGGACACUCGAAUUUCAGGAAUCGGUAAAGAAAUAUGUUUUCCCCAUUUAAAUUUUUUCUAGAUUUGUUUUUUAAAUGAAUUUUUCUAUACUAAUAUCAAUUAAUAUUUUAGCUUAGAGGAACACAUCGUGGUAAAUCGUUGGAAAGUUUACAUGAGAACAGUAAUUCAUCCUUAGGAGGAACAAGCAGUUUUGUUGGUCCUCCUCAAUGGAGACAUCAGCAAAAAAGUUUUGAAGAUGGUGAUGUAACUCCUACAAAUGAAAUAACUAUUCUCCAUGAAUGUACCGCCACAUUACCUAGACCAAGAGGACUAGUUAAGCCAAGGCUUGUGGCUAAAGUUCCCGCAUUAUAUAAUCAACCAAAUAUGUAAGAUCAUUUAAAUUAUUAUUUAAUAUUUGAUUGUUAAAAAAAAAAUAUAAAUUUGUAUUUGUAUUUUUGUAUUUUAGAGAAGACUGUUCAGGAUUAAAUACAUUGAAACGUAGACCACCAUCACCGCCUAAACGACAACAAUCUUGUGAAGAUCAUUCAAAGUGUCACCAAAUAACUGUUGUUGCUGAUCUUCAUUGUACUUCAGCUUUACAAUCUAAAUCUUUAGGCAAAUGGACAACAGAUAAUAUGUCUCCUAAACAUAACCCAGAGGAUCAUAUUGGAUCAAAUGCAAGCUUUAAAGUAAUUUUUUUUCACUUAAGUUUCAAAAUUGUAUUCUUAAUUAUUAAUGGAAAUUAUUAAUUAAAUUAAAUAAUACAAUUAUUAUAGUCAAAUUCUAGUGCUGAAUCAGAUACUAUUCCAUUUGCCAAUGAAAAUGCUGGUACUAUUAAACAAAGAACAAUCAGAUCUACUAAUGGUUAGAUAACUUAAACAAAUAAACAUACUUAUGUUUAAGUUUAUUUAUUUAAUGAGAAGUAAAAAUGUUAAUUAUGUGUAUUUUAGAAUUAAUUCAACCUAGUAUGCUUUCUGAAGGAUCAUAUUCUAUGCAUACGACUUCCAGUUAUCCAGUACAUUCCGCAGCUAGUCAAUUUUCUUUAAUGCCUCCAAGGUAAAAAUAUAUAUUUAUUUAUAAAUUAAUGUUUAUUGUAUUAUGUAUAUAGCUAAUUUAAAAACAUUUACUAUUUAAAGCAGUGAUAUAAAUAUAAACAUUAUUAUUCAAUUCUUAAAAAUGUUUAGCAUAUUUUCAAGGGAUAAUCUAAACAAAAUAAUUCUAAGUGUAAAAAAUGUAUAUUUAUAUGCAAUUAACAUGAUUUAUUAUGUAUUUAUGACAGUGGAAAAAAGGAGCCAGCAGAUGUUCUAAAUGAUAUUGGAAACAUGCUGGCCAAUUUAACUGAUGAACUGGAUGCCAUGUUAGAAGAAGAAAAAAGGCAAGGUCUUAAUGAUUAAAUGAUAUAGUUGAUUUUAGUUACCCUAUUUUCAACAAUUUAUAUUCAAAUAUAAAUUGUAAACCUUUUUGUUUUGUUCAAGCAAAAAAAGACAAUUUUGUAUGUUCCUGUGUAUUGUAUUGACUCCAAACGUGGAUAAAAACGUGUAAUCUUAUUAAAUCUAUCAACAUAAUUAUUUUAACUUAAUUAUUAUUAAAAAAAAAAAAAUAUAUUACAGUAAUACACUUUCUACUCUGGGUUGAAUUUAGAUUUAUGGCUGAUACGAUCUUUAGUUCACCUUAACAUUUUUAAUUGAUAUUGAUUUUAAUCAAUGUAAAAUUAUAAAAUAUUAUAUCAAUAAUACAGAUUCCCCUCUCAAAAUUAUUUUAAAAUUUUAAAAUAUUUUUUAUUUUUAGGUAACUAAAGAUUUGUAUGUUUUGUUAUUGUUAGUGUAGACUGUAGACAUAUCACCUUAAACAUGCGUCUUCCUGUUUUUUUAUUAUUAUUUUUUUUUUUUUAUAUCAAAAAUUUAACCUUAUGAUUUAAACAACUUUACUGGAGUUAUAUAAUAAAAGCAUAUUAUGAUAUUGUAUUUCUAAAAUAUAAUUUUAAGAUAGCUAUGUUGAAUAGAUUAUUUAUAGUAGAUUUGUAGAUAUUUUGAAAUUAAAUAUUGUAUAAAUUAAUAUUCAUAAUCAAGAAAAAAUAUUUGACUGAUUAGAGACAGGUACAGAGUUAUUAAUUUUUGAUCCAUAAAGAUUUUUAUUAUUUAAGUAAUAUCCAGUAUCUAUGGGUGUUAUUUUUAUAUCUUGUUAGAAUUAACAUAAGUGAUAUGGUUCAACUUUGUUGAACUAUUUAUAUAUAUAUAUUAUUUAAAAGAUAAUUCUCAAUAUUUUUUUUUUUUUUUAAGUGAAACCAUUUGAGAAUUUCAUUUUAUUUAAAUUAUUCUCUAUGGGCAUUUUCAUUUUUUAAAAAAUACAUUUUAUAUUAUAUAUACCAAAUAAUGCAACUAUUGUCUUUUAUAAAAUAUAAAAGUAAAAUAAAUAUUCAGUGUAUAUGUGGAAAAAGCAUUGUGUUUAUAAAAUAUUAUUUAAUGAUAAAUAAAAUAAAUAAUAUUUAAAAUAUAAACAUUUGUAUAUUAAGGUAGUUAAAAAUAUUAAUUGAGAAUAACAAUUUUAUUAUAUUUAUGUACUGGUAGAUUUUUAUACCACAAAUUAUUAUGUAUAUUAAUAAACUAUCUCAAAUCAUAUUUUGUGUUAAUUUUAUAUUCCAAGUUUCGCAAAGAAACUAAUAUUUUUCCUAAGAUUAUAAAAAUGUAAUAUAAAAUAUAAAUGUAAUCUUGACUUUUUCGACUAAAAACUUUUCUGCUAGAAAAUGAACUCCUACGUUUCUGUUGUUUUCUCAGAAGUCUAAGAAUUUAGAUUUUUUCUCAAAGCGACAACCUCUUUCAUUUUAGCCCAUUCAUCGCAAAGUCUUAUUCACUCGUUACUUUUCGAAAAGUUAAUCACUAACUAACAAAAGAAACGAAAAAUUGGCCGUCGACAUAAUUUUCAUGAUAAUCGUCGUUAGUUAUCGUAUUCUUAUCAGUGGAGCAACCAUGAUUUUUUUUAAGGGGAGAGGUUUCAAAAAUAUAAUUGUUUUAAAGUAGCAAGCAAAUUAAAUUAUUAUUGUAUUGUUUGAUUAAUGUAAGUAUUAUAAUUAUAAUGUACAUUUUAAUGAUAAUUAAAUGUAAAACAUACCUUUAUGUUCAAUGUGUAUACUGCUAUAAUAACAAUAAAAUUACGGUACGG